AUGGCGGCCGUCACCCGCCUUUCUACGCGCGCGUCUUUCCUCUCUUCCAUCGCAAACCGAUAUCUAUCCUCCGAGCUCAACUCCCACGCGCCACUCCGUCUAGUUCCUACGCGCGGAGAAGAUCAGAAGAACAGCCACGUACGGUGGGUCUUCCUCGGUUGUCCUGGCGUCGGGAAAGGGACCUACGCUGGCCGUCUAUCCAAUCUCCUCGGUGUUCCUCACAUCGCCACCGGUGAUCUCGUUCGCGAAGAGCUCGCUUCUUCUGGUCCACUCUCUUCUCAGCUAUCAGAAAUUGUAAAUCAAGGUCAAUUGGUGUCGGAUGAAAUUAUUAUAAAUUUAUUGUCAAAGAGACUUGUUGCCGGGGAAGCUAAAGGUGACCUGGGAUUUAUUCUUGAUGGUUUUCCUCGAACAAUUAACCAAGCAGAAAUAUUAGAAGGGGUCACUGAUAUUGACUUGGUUAUCAAUCUAAGGCUUCGAGAAGAUGUACUGCUCGAGAAAUGCCUUGGGAGGAGGAUUUGUAAUCAGUGCGGAGGAAAUUUUAAUGUUGCUUCCAUUGACAUCAAGGCUGAGAAUGGGAGUCCUGAAAUUGUCAUGGCUCCGCUUCUUCCUCCUGUCAAUUGUAUGUCGAAGCUCAUUACUCGGUCAGAUGAUACUGAAGUAGUUGUCAAAGAAAGGCUUCGGAUAUACAAUGAAUUGAGUCGGCCUGUGGAGGAGUUUUACCGCAAUAGAGGGAAAUUAUUAGAGUUUAACCUGCCUGGAGGAAUCCCAGAAUCUUGGCCAAAGUUGCUACAUGCUCUUAAUCUUGAUGAUUAUGAGGAUAAGCACUCUGCUGCAGCAUAA